AGAAACGACUCAUUUCAUGACAGACUGUUACAGAUUCAAUGGUGCCCUUUAAUUAGCUGCAACCGAGCCGAACCAGCGCCGACCACAGUGAUUCACCGACGGAGGUGGGUUAGCAUUAGUUACUUUGUCUACCAACAACAGAAGCUCUCGGUUGUGAGGGAGAAAAAAAACUUCCUUCCCUCAGCUAGCGAGUUAAGUGAAUGAGCUUUGUUAGCCUGCUAACUAGCCGAGCUGACAGAAAGCAACGCCAGUCUGCUCCUCAGGCUGCCGGAGUAACAACUUCAGCUUAAACACCGGGCUGCGACUAUGGGCAGACGGAGCAGCACUAAAGACGGAGCUCAGAGCACCGAAGAAGCCCCUCAUUCUACAAGAAGCAGGCAGCAGAUAUGAGCAUGGAGAGAUGAUACCGCACAUUUUAUACUACAGAAGCAGUAGUAUCAGUUAUAAUACAACACUGGGCAGGAUAUUGGAGUGAAGCUGGAAGAUAUUUCGUGUUUUUGGGGGGUGUGAGACCGAGGUGCCUAUGGCGGAGUUCGGGGAGGACAGAAGGCUCCCUCCGGUGAAUUUUGGGAACAGCUCCGUUCCCAGCGACGAGGCUGCGGUGAAGACGCAUUGCGAAGUGUCCCUUCUGAAUGGAGACUGUGGGAUUCCAGACGGUAUGAUGGGCUCCGGCUGCCCGCUCACUCCUGGCACUCAACCCGGAGGGGAAAACGCCAACACCUCCGUGGGGACGGAUGCCAAAUCUGAAAUACCACGCAGGAGCAGUAUUAUUAAGGAUGGAAAACAACGAAAAGAAAGAAAGAAGACUGUCUCAUUCAGCAGCAUGCCCACUGAGAAGAAGAUUAGCCGGGUCAGCGACUGCAUUAACACCAUGGUGGACGGCUCAGAGCUGAAAAAAGUGCGAUCCAAUUCACGCGUUUACCACCGUUACUUUCUUCUUGAUGCUGACAUGCAAUCAUUGAGAUGGGAGCCAACAAAGAAGGAGUCUGAAAAGGCAAAAAUUGAUGUGAAAUCUAUCAAGGAGGUUCGGACUGGCAAGAACACAGAAACUUUUAGAACUAAUGGCACCUAUGAUCAGAUAUCAGAGGAUUGCGCCUUUUCAAUCAUCUUUGGGGAAAAUUAUGAGUCCCUGGACUUGGUGGCAAACACAGCAGAUGUAGCCAAUAUAUGGGUGACAGGUCUAAGGUACCUUAUCUCUUAUGGGAAGCAUACCUUGAAUAUGAUCGAGAGCAGCCAGAACAACUUGCGCUCAUCUUGGUUAAGCGACCUCUUCGAUGAAGAAGAUGUUAACCACAACAGACAGAUACCAAUGUGUGCUGCCGUGCAGCUAAUAAAGAAACUAAGCCCAGGUUUAAAAAAUGUGAAAAUAGAACUGAAGUUCAAGGAGCUUCACAAAGCUCUUGACAAAAGUGGGUCUGAUGUGACAAAAGAGGAGUUUGCUGAAGUCUUUCAUGAUCUUUGUACAAGACCAGAGAUUUAUUUUCUUUUUGUUCAGUUUUCCAGCAAUAAGGAGUUUCUUGAUACUAAAGACUUAAUGAUUUUUCUGGAGGCAGAGCAGGGAAUGGCUCAGGUCAGUGAAGAUACCAGCUUAGAGGUCAUUCAUAAGUAUGAACCAUCCAAAGAGGGCCAACUUAAAGGAUGGCUCUCCCUUGAUGGGUUUUCUAACUAUCUUAUGUCUGCAGAGUGUCACAUCUUUGACCCUGAGCACAAAUCUGUUUGCCAAGACAUGAACCAACCACUGUCUCACUACUACAUCAAUGCUUCCCACAACACGUACCUGAUAGAGGAUCAGUUCAGAGGUCCUUCAGAUGUAACUGGGUAUAUCCGUGCUCUGAAGAUGGGCUGUCGAUGUGUGGAGCUAGAUGUGUGGGACGGGCCUGAUAACGAGCCUGUUAUCUACACUGGUCACACAAUGACCUCCCAGAUUGUUUUCCGCAGUGUUGUAGAUGUCAUCAAUAAGUACGCUUUUGUUGCCUCAGAGUUUCCCCUGAUUCUCUGUUUGGAAAACCAUUGUUCUGUAAAGCAGCAGAAAGUCAUGUUUCAGCAUUUGAAGAAGAUCCUUGGUGACAGGAUCCACAUAGAUGCUCCAAAUCUCGAGGACUGUUACCUCCCAUCUCCAUCUGAGCUGAAGGGGAAGAUCCUGCUGAAGGGUAAAAAGCUGGACACAAACUGCACUGCUUCAGAAGGAGAGGUGACGGAUGAGGACGAGGGGGCAGAGAUGUCUCAAAGAAUGAGCAUCGAGUCUGCAGAGCAGCAGACUAAUGCACACAAAAAGAUCCCUCUGCUGAAGGACCUCUCCGACCUGGUGACGUUGUGUAAGUCUGUUGAGUUUAAAGACUUUCCGACAUCUUUCCAAAAGCAGAAGCCCUGGGAGCUCUGCUCUUUUAAUGAAGUGUUUGCCACUCGCUGUGCCUGCGAUUUCCCUGGAGACUUUGUUAACUACAACAAGAAGUUUCUUGCACGAGUUUACCCGAGCCCAAUGCGGAUCGACUCCAGUAACAUGAAUCCGCAAGAUUUCUGGAAGUGUGGCUGCCAGAUUGUAGCUAUGAACUACCAGACUCCAGGUCUGAUGAUGGAUUUGAACAUUGGUUGGUUCCGUCAGAAUGGCAACUGUGGCUAUGUUCUUCGGCCAGCAAUCAUGAGAGAGCAGGUCUCAUAUUUCAGUGCUAACACAAAAGAUUCAGUGCCUGGGGUCUCUCCACAGCUCUUGCACAUCAAGAUAAUCAGUGGACAAAAUUUCCCCAAACCCAAAGGCUCAGGUGCCAAAGGAGACGUGGUGGACCCCUAUGUAUAUGUGGAAAUACAUGGCAUUCCUGCGGACUGUGCAGAACAGAGAACUAAAACGGUCCACCAGAAUGGGGACAACCCACUGUUUGAUGAGAGCUUUGAGUUUCAGAUAAACCUCCCUGAGCUCGUUAUGGUGCGCUUCGUGGUUCUAGACGAUGACUAUAUUGGGGAUGAAUUUAUUGGCCAGUAUACGAUCCCCUUUGAGUGUCUACAGCCAGGUUUCCGCCACGUCCCACUUCAGACUCUAACAGGAGAGUUGCUGCCACAUACUUUGCUGUUUGUCCAUGUUGCCAUAACCAAUCGAAGGGGAGGAGGAAAGCCACACAAAAGAGGAUUGUCUGUAAGGAAAGGCAAAAGGAGCAGAGAGUAUGCCAGUAUGAGAGUCCUGCAGAUAAAGGCCAUUGAUGAGGUUUUUAAAACCGCCCUUCUGCCACUCAGGGAGGCCACAGACCUUCGGGAAAACAUGCAGAAUGCCAUAGUGUCCUUUAAGGAGCUCUGCGGCCUUUCAGCGGUGGCCAACCUCAAGCAGUGCAUCUUGGCUCUCUCCCCUCGACUGACAGGGCCUGACAACAGCCCCCUCCUGGUGUUUAACCUGACUGACCAGUACCCUAACCUGGAGCUCCAAGGCCUGCUCCCAGAGGUCCUGAAAAAGGUCGUCAGCACCUACGAUAUUAUGAUCCAGACCAGCAAGGUGCUGCUGGAGAGCUCUGAUGGUGUGUAUGAGAGGAUUUUGCAAGCUCAGAGAGCAGCAAUGGAGUUCCAUGAAAACCUGCAUGAUCUGGCUGUGAAGGAAGGGUUAAAGGGCAGGAAGCUGCAUAAGGCCGUGGAGAGCUUCACAUGGAACAUCACCAUUUUGAAGGGUCAAGCUGACUUAUUAAAACAUGCCAGAAGUGAAGUCCAAGAAAACCUUAAGCAAAUCCACUACUCAGCGCUUACCUGUAACCUGAGCAAAGGAGGAGCAGUGAGCAGGUCCUCCGGCUCCUCAGACUCCAAGAGCCGGCGCAGCCUGGAGGCCAUUCCUGAAAAGGCCACAGGGGAGGAGGAGCUUACAGACGAGGAAAACUGAAGACUUCAGCAGCAGCUGCUCUCCCUAGAAUCCCUUCUAAACUGUUUUCUUUCUGAAUCUCUAAGUCGUCAAUCUCCAGCCUCCAUCAUGGACUUUUCUCAACCAAAAGCACAGUUAAGACUUCUUAGACAAAUGAAGCAAUUCAAGAAUGAAGGAUCCGUCUCCUAAACAUUUAUUUACAUUUUGUCAGAUCAGGAGAACAGAAAUAGAUCAUGUGACCUGUCAAAGUUCCCAAUCGCAGCCAAAUUGAACUGCUUUAUGAUGCUCCUGUUUCCCCUCCUGGAUGAAGCAGGACAGCCGAAUGGACCACCAGCCCCCGCCUCUUCCAGACUGACUUAAUAGAUGAGCACUUCUAUUUAGUGGACCAGAUGACAAAGAAGGCCUUGGAUUGUAGCAAGGAUUUUUUUAAAGCACAAUUUUUCCUGAGCUGUGAAUGUAACGGACUAAGGAGUGGGAACAAAAAAUGUUUAGAGUGAGAGUAAAUAGCUGUUUACAAUUCUGGACUUGUUUAUGUUCUUGUCUGCCAAAACGGUAGUAAACUAUGUGUAUAUACAGUUUCCUGUGACUUUUUUUCUGCAGAGUGCAUCAUUUUAUUAUUGUAUACUUGGGGAUAUGAGAUUUAUUUUGUAAAAGUUUUAUGGACACAUCUGUGGAGAAACGGUUAUAUUUGUGUGGGAUAUGUCAAGAAGAGGGCUUUUCCUUAAAAAAACUUUGAACACGAGGAGACAGAAUGAUGCUAAAGACAGAGAGAGAAUGUAUCCAUGUUGUUGUCCAGUCUUAGCGAUCUGAACCAGCAGCUGCAUGAAAGAUGUUGUACUUUCUUUCUUUAGUUUCUCUUCUUUUUCAGGGCAAGUUUUACCAAAGUUAUCUUUACCUUGAAGCUUAAAGUUCAUUUUAAACCCCAAAAACCAUUUAACUUAUUUUAGAUAUGUGAACAUAAUAAAUCAGUUGUUGCUGGUAGGAAUCCACAGGCAGCUUUCAACACCUGCUGAUCACCUUGAUUUUGGAUGCAUUCACUGAAAAACAAAGGAUUUCACUCUGAAGGAAACUAUUUUAUCUAUUUGUUUUUGUUUUACUUUUUAUUUAAAAAUGUUAAUUAUUAUUCUCUCAAAAUAAAUCCCCCCUUAUGUUCUAUAUUUACUUAAAGUACCUAAUCCAUUAUAGCUGCGGUCAGGAGUAAAAUUUUUUGUGACAGACUAGCCCUUUAGUGGGAUAUAAAAUUUUUCUGAAAGGAUGGCCAAAUAUAUUACUAAAUAGCUUUGAUUGCAAAUAUUUAAAUUGCAUUUCUUUGUGUGUUGUUUACUCAUAAACUAGAAUCUGUGUAACUUCAUCUUCUCAUUCUUUAACAGUUGAUGCUGUCGAUGUGUUCCUCAAAACUUAAAUUGGUUGCUAUGUUUACCUUUUACACUGUAGCAGCUAAAACGUCCAGCAGACAACGUGCCCCAUUUGAUUUCUUUCACAUGAAGACGUCUGACAAUACCCUUUCCUUUUUCAAACAUUUAUUUUACUUCAUAUGUAAGGUGGAAAAAUACCUAUGCUAUAUGUGGAUUUAAAUGCAAAAAUAUUAGCAGUAAUGUUAAUAACUUGUUAGGAUUUAAUGUUGAGUUUGAACACAGUAGGACACACCAAAUGUGUCUAACGGAAGGCUGGCUGAACAAUUAUCCUGAACUAGAGGUGUUGAUUGAUUUUGAUUUUCGGAAAUAUAAAAAAACUAACAUGUUUGCCAAGACACAUUAGAAUAAUUUCAAUUAUCAUCCACAUGGCUUUACUUAUUGUUUGUGUUUGGAUUAUUAUCUAAAGCCUUAUUAAAGAUAUAUAUUUAAUAGCAUACUCAAAAUGUGAAAUAAAUGUGUUGCUGGUAGCAGUCAUGAUUGCAACUGAACAGUGAUUUAUGAAAUUGCACACUGACAACUAAAACUCAUCUUUAAAAAAAAUCUCAGUUCCCUUCAGCAUUUCAAAUAACACAGUCUAUGACAAGUGUGAGCAGGACCUUAAAUAGCUUAUUAAUGUGCAAGUUUUCCAUUUAGCACAAUUAACAGUAAGAGGCUAACAGACAUUGCAUGUAAUUGUUUUUACUAUUAUUAGUUUAAUCACUGAUUAGAGUUGUGUCACUUAUUCAUUUCUCACUUUCUGUAUCAGUCUCCCUUUUAGCCAUGAGCCAGCUUUGUUUUAUACACGAUAAGGGUGCAAAUGUUUUGUAGCUAUUGUAAAGGACUCCACAGAAGUUAACAAAAACAAACGUAUUUGAACUUAAAUGUUCAAUUAUCUGAAUGCAUGUUUAGUACAGUAUUUCCUGUGGAGUUGGGAAAUAACCAGAAAUUAUUUUAGCUCUUCUAGCAUAUAAUAAAUCUAAUAAUGUUUGGAAUUUGUUCUCAAAAUACUAACAAUAUCAUGGCUGCACUUGUGAAUUAGGACAUCAUCCCUUGUCAGUUUUUAUUAAUGUCUAAAUAACUUAAGUGAUGUAAACCUACCUAAUAAUGAACUUUUGUAUGUUUUCAUUGGAAAAUGUUUGAAAAAAAUAAAGAAUAAUAUGAGUCAUUUACAUGUCCAUCAGGAUAGAAAGCCAUGUUUACCUUAGGAAAACAUCUAGAGUCAUUUGUAUAGCCAUUACUCUGUGAACAAUAGGGUACAAAAAAAGUUUGCUCAGGUCAACACAGUUAUUAAAAUGACCCAUUGUGUAGAAAUACUCUCCCUGUUCUUCCAUUCAUUAGUUAACUUUCUUUAGAUGUUUAAAAUUUAAAGCGCAAAAGCAGAAAGUCGCAGUUGAUAUUCUAAUGCUAAUUUAAACCCGCCAUACUCUCAUUAUGCAUCACAACAUGCAUAU